AUGAUUGAAUUUGAAGUUGAUAAACCUGAAAAUGAUGAAUUACGUAUUUUGGAUAUUUGGAAAUUUUUACUUUCUACAAAUGCUAAUUUCACCAAAGUAUUUACUGUUCGUUUAAGUCAAAUUGCAGGAUAUAUUUACAAUCCUGAGUAUAAGCAUAGAUUUGAACAAUGUAACAAAAGAUUUAUGAUGCGUACAUUUGAUCCCACCGUUGAGUUCUUGGUUAAAAUCGAUCAUGUAUCGCUUGGAAUGAAGUAUUACUUUUCAGUUAAGGAAUGUACUGGUGAUAUGUUUUGCCUGGUUGUUAAUCAGUAUUUCAAAUCUUGGUUGGCAGAUCAGUCCAAAGAUGUUCCUACUGUUGAAGAAAUAAUGGAUACUUUUAAAGAAAAACCCGCCUAUGAGGCUAAAUUAAUUUCUCGAACAGAAGCAGUCAAAUCUAUUUCAGCUAUUAUUAAGAAUGACAAAAACAAAAGGAAAAUAAGAAAUGAUAAAAUUAAUGGAAGAAAGAUUGACCAGCAGAAACUAGGAACAGCUACACUUGGUGGCUAUAGAGUUAUUCGAAAUCUGACUCCAUCAAUUCGCAGAUAUACUAGAAAGAAUUUGAGAGGUCCAAGGUGGAGACAUUAA